GCAGGCGUCCUCUCGUCCUCCCAUCCCCCGCACCCCUUCCACACCGCCGCAGCUUCUCUCCCUCCGCGGCGUCGGCGGCGUGAGCCACUGCGCGCGGGGCGAGUCUGCUAGAGGGCGUGAGCCGUGGUGCUGCCUGCAGCCUGCAGCCUCCGGCCGGCCGGCGAGCCAGUGCGCGUGCGCGGCUUCUGCAGCGACCAGGGAGCGGACGGGCGGGCGAGCGAGCGAGUUGUGUGGGGCGCUAGGCGAGGUCAAGCCGCGAGCGACAUGGGGGACCGGGAACAGCUGCUGCAGCGGGCGCGGCUGGCCGAGCAGGCGGAGCGCUACGACGACAUGGCCUCCGCCAUGAAGGCGGUGAGCGCGCCGGGAGCCUGGGUGACAGAGCUGAAUGAACCUCUUUCCAAUGAAGAUCGAAAUCUCCUCUCUGUGGCCUACAAGAAUGUGGUUGGUGCCAGGCGAUCCUCCUGGAGGGUCAUUAGCAGUAUUGAGCAGAAAACCAUGGCUGAUGGAAAUGAAAAGAAAUUGGAGAAAGUUAAAGCUUACCGGGAGAAGAUUGAAAAGGAGCUGGAGACAGUUUGCAAUGAUGUCCUGGCUCUGCUCGACAAGUUCCUCAUCAAGAACUGCAAUGAUUUCCAGUAUGAAAGCAAGGUGUUCUAUCUGAAAAUGAAAGGUGAUUACUACCGCUACUUAGCAGAAGUAGCUUCUGGAGAGAAGAAAAAUAGUGUGGUUGAAGCAUCUGAGGCAGCCUACAAGGAAGCUUUUGAAAUCAGUAAAGAGCACAUGCAGCCAACACAUCCCAUCCGGCUGGGCCUGGCCCUCAAUUUCUCUGUGUUCUACUAUGAGAUCCAGAAUGCACCUGAGCAGGCUUGCCUGUUAGCCAAACAAGCCUUUGAUGAUGCCAUAGCUGAGCUGGACACAUUAAAUGAGGAUUCCUAUAAGGACUCCACACUCAUCAUGCAGUUGCUGCGAGACAACCUUACCCUCUGGACAAGUGACCAGCAGGAUGAAGAAGCAGGAGAAGGCAAUUGAAGAUCUUUUGGGUCCCCAGCCCAUCCUUCACCCUCCACCCCCAUCAUCACCAAUUCUUCCUUGCCACAAUCACUAAAUAUCUAGUGCUAAACCUAUCUGUAUCGGCAGCACAGCUAUUCAGAUCUGCUCUCCUGUCCCUUGGGAAGCAGUUUCAGAUAAACAUUUAUGGGCAUUGCUGGACUGGUGGUUACUUUGAGCCCACAAAAGCUCCCUUUCUGAAUUGUGCAGAGAAGUGUGUUCUAAAUGAAGCAUUUUGCUAUACCUAUUGAUCUAUGGCAAAUCCAGGUGAAAGUAAUUGGGGAGUUUAGAAAGAGCCACAUAGGCUAUGGUUGAUAUUUAAAACAAGCUGAUAGUGUUUUGUUAAGCAGUACAUCUUGUGCAUGCAAAAAUGAAUUCAACCCUCCCACCUGUUUCUUCAGCUAAUGGAAAACUUAAGGGAAGCUGAUACAGGAAGACAACUUGUUCCUUUCCAUCAGUUUUAUAAUAAACUGUUUAAUGUGAGGUUUCAGUAGCACCUUGUGUUGCCUCUUAAAUUAUGACGUGCACAGAUCUUUUCAAUGCAAUGCAUCUAAAGUUUUGAUACGUACAAUUUUUUUUGGUUGCGGUUGUUUAAGAAUCAUGGAUUUUAUUUUAUUUUUUUUUUGUAGCUCUUUGGCUAUUGUCCUUGUGUAUCCUGACAGCACCAUGUGUGUCAGCCCAUGUCAAUUAAAAUGGGUGAUUAUGAAAUGCCAGACUUCUAAAAUAAAUGUUUUGGAAUUCAAAGGGUAAAUAAAUGCUGCUUUGGGGAUAUUA